AUCGAGGUCAAGGAGCCGAUGGCCCCGCGCAAUGGUGGUCCCGGUUGGUCAGCCAAUGGAGAGGCUGCCGCGGAGGAGGAACUGAUGGCGAGUUUCAAGGUUGUCGCUGAGACCGAAGAAGCAGCAAAGGCGGCGCGUGCGGCCCUUGAAUACUACGAACUCUGCCUCCUUGUUCCCCACCGUCUGAUUGGCCGUAUCCUGGGAAUGCGAACUACAAACAUACUGUCUAUCAAUGAGAAAUCCGGCGUGAAACAUAUCCACUUGGAGGAGAACUCCAGCAAACUACCAACCAAAGUUGAUCCUGUCAGUCCGGAUUCAGAUCACCCCCCAAGCUGCCUCCGAGUAGAAGACAUUCAUCCACACCUGGCGGCUCCGUUUGAGAAGGACAUGGAAGGCGGAUUCUUCAUUGUCGGCACACGUGAAUCCGUCGAGAAGGCCCGUCUUCUAAUUACCUUCCAAAUCGACUGCAUAUUUGAUCUGGAGAAGCUUGAGGUAAGCUCUUUUCACGAUUCGCAGUCCGUUGUGUAA